CUAAUCAUUACUAAGUCUUCUCUCUACACUUUAUCAGAGGCUUCCAUGGAUAGGGACGACUGGCGGCAUGCAAACGCAUGUACGAGGUGUUACUCUCAUAAGCUCAAGUGCAGGCGACCACCGAACCAACUCACUUGUAUACGAUGCGCCAAGUUACAAGUUCAAUGCAUUCCACGAGUACCGAAACGGCACCGUGGUUCUUCGAGCUUCCCUAGCCCCGCAACAAUCACUGGAAAUGAGCUAAAUAAUACUGGACUUCCUCAAAGUCUGAGGCCCUCGUCUUGCGAAACCCCGACUGAUUUUCAACCUGGGCCUUAUAGCGAAGAAUUUGCGCCUGAUAUACCCCAGAUGUCGGAUAUGUUUGACGAUGUGGACGGUAACUUGGAUAUGCAAGGCUGGACUGACGGGUUCUUGAUGGAUUUUACUCAAAAUACAAAUUCUCUAGCAUACGACGACAAAUGCUCAUGCACCGAUUUAUCCACAAUGACUACAGUGGCCGAGGACACAACAAGCUCAAACGGCAAAGAGCUUCCCCCACACAAUCUAUCGAACAUAGCGACAGACCUCGGCCAAAUCAGCACACAACUAUUGGCUCUCUCCGCUUCAGGGGGUGUUUCUCCGUCGUAUAACACCAAUGACGCCGAUCAAAUCUCGAGCGCAUUUGAACAUAGUUUCAUGUUAGCCACCAAGCUCUUGGAGGUAAUGAAGCAAGUAACGCGGAGCUCUCGUGGCCCACCCGAAUCAACAACAACAAUCAGCGAGCCGUUGCCUCCCAGAAACAGCGUACAGUCCCGAGGGAAAGGAAGUACGCUACUAGACGAGCAAUCAGAUGGUCUCCAACUGAUGUCUUCCUACAUGCGGCUUCUGAGUAUCUUCAACAGCCAUCUCGACCACCUUGAACGACAAAUCCUACAACAAUCAAAUCUACCCCAAGCUAGCGUGUUCCCGAAGACUAGUGUCCCACGUACGCCCGAUCAGCCGGUCACGCAGGAUUUCAUAGUCGUGAACAUGAUCGAAUUCCAUCUCCGCCGCGUAGGGUCGGUGCUGCGGGAACUAAACCAACGCGACGACGCAGUUUAUCAGUUUGAGACUGACAAAGGGUCGCAUGGGCGAGCGGAGUCGGCAUAUGGGAGUGGGAAAGGCUUGGAUUCCGUGUUGGCUAUCAUCUACGAGCAACAGGCUAUACUCUUACGGAGGGUCCAUCAAGUACGCGCAGAGCUUAUGGCUGCGUAA